AUGGCCGUUGAUAUCAGAGGCAGAAAGAUGAAGAAACCGCCGGCAUGCGUGCAAUGCCGUAAACGGAAGAUCGGAUGUGACCGACAAAAGCCCAUUUGCGGCAACUGUCUGAGAAAUGGUAAGAAUGACUGCUUUUUCCCAGAUGUACCAGGGGUGUACGUACAAAGCAGCUCGGUACUCGCGGCGCAACAGGGUUCGCCUAGCAGCGCGUUCAGCAGCAAUCCAGAACUCGCAAGUCUAGAGCAAAUUCGGGAGUACAACUCUCAAUUGCAAUUGAUCAACUCUCACCAAACCGUGUCUCCUGCGCCCACAGAGCACCCCCAAUUCAUUCCGAGAGUUAUCGACGAGGCCGCCGCGCACGUGAACAUGAACAUGGGAUCUGACGACGAGGCGGCUCCGCAGCACUGGGUGCAGGGGCCUGCCAUCUUCGAUCUCGUACAAUGCCCUUACACGCAAGAAGAAGUACUGAAUAAGGAAAUGGACUUUUUGCGCAGCAGGCUGAUUGAAUUACAAACCCUAACGGGCACUAAAAUCGACGAGGAUCUUCUCAAGAGCACGAAGAAACGCAAGACAACUGACUCACGCACCGAACAACCCGCUAGACGGACUAUCAACGAUUUCCAGGAUUUGGACCCAGCUUUCCUUAAUCCUGAUUCUGUUUUUCAAAUUUUCAAGCACAAAUCCCGCUUCUUGCCCGAAUCACAUUCAAAACUUCGCGACAAGCCUAACUCUCUCUUUCACAUUGACUUUUUGAGGAUACGUGACGAUUUCUUGUGCGUAUUUCAUAACAAAGUUUACGAUGUAAUGGCUAAUAACUUCCAGCGCAAGCUUUCAGAGAUUCGAGGUGUUCAACAGUCAAUUCCACAACCAUUCAACAAAGAGUUCAACUUACGUCUCCCAAGUGCUGAUUUUAUUACCAUAGUACUGAAAAAAUUCAUGUCCCAGGUAGAUACGACUUUGUUAAUCCCAAUCUUGAAGCCGAACGAGCUACUUGCACAUCUUCACAGUGUAUCAGGUACACCACAGAACUUAAGCCAACUGCUGAUCGUGGGGAAAAUAUCUAUUGCAUUACUCCUAGCAUAUCACGCACUAGCCUCUUCGGUACUUAUCCCUUUGAAGGAUGAAAAUUUAGCGGUGUUUCAAAAAUUACAGGUAACGUGGGUCCCUAUUUUGAAGGAAAAUGUCACCAAGAUUAGGCAACAUUUACUUUUGAGACCACCCACGAUUGCAAUUUCGCGCUACAUUGCUCUAUGGAAGUACUACCAAAUGCUUUCUACAGAUGCAAGUCCGGAUCUCGACGAAGAUGUUCACUUGGCUCUGAAUUUCGGUUUGAAUCAGGAGACCCAAGACCAGGAAUUGGUUCUGCUAUGGAACUUCAUCUACAAAAAUUACUGCUGGAGGCAUCUUGCUCGAGGUGAAUUACCUCAUCUGGUAUGUGUACCUUCUGCGAAUACAACUCCCGAACUCGAUCCCCUCUUGUCGAAUAACUCAGAGUUGAUUAAGUUUGAAAUCGAACUUCUGAAAUAUUUACAUUCAAAAUCAGAAACUCUCUCAGUCGAAAAGAUAAAAGCAUACAUGGACGAUUUCAAAAAUAAACUUGCUGCUGUAUUCCAGAGAUGUGUGAAUUCAUAUCUGGUACUGAGUUGCAUCGUUGACAGUUUGAUUUAUCGUAACGCGCAACUGUUUUUGCAGUAUUACGUUCUUCUUCAUUACGAAUCGGUCAACAAUUCAACACAAUUCUCUGUCAGAAUCAAGGAAUUCUUGCAGUUUCUACAAGAAACCGUCUUCUACAUUUUUUCAGGACUAGCAAACAUCAAGUUCGCUGGCUACGAAUUCAUGUUUAUAAAAUACUCCUUCAACACACUUUACAACCUGUGCUGUAUGAUAUUUGCGCUGCUUCAGAGAUCACAGAUUAACUCAAAUGCAGAGGUAGAACAACAAAGGGAAAUGUUUUUCUUGCUGCUACGCAAAAUAUCCAUGCUCUUGACAGACUACGCCAAGAACUGCCGGGCAGUGGAUCCUUUGGUCAACAGGAUCACCAACGCAAUCGUGGUGAUGUUGGAAGCAGCUCACCAAGAGCACGCACAACCACGUGGUACCCCACAACUUCCUAUGAAUGGAUUCAAAUAUGUAGAGCCGGUUACUGUCCAAAAAAACGUCGCCAAAUUGCGCAUUAUUUCAGAGUCUUUAAUCAAGACAGAUUUUUAUAACCAGCGGGAACCCUUCACUUCGCGUGCACCCACUACUUGCGGAAUCACGGACGACAAUUUCUUUAAUGCCUACUACGCCUUUUUUGAUUAA